AUCUUUUGCAGUAAUAUGUUGCCUUUAAAUCAAUUGGGAAACCAGCAACCGAAGUUAACGCAACGUUUCUAAAACUUAAAGUCUAAACAUCAAAUAAUAGUUACCAAAUACACAAUAAUAUUAAAACCAAACCAAAAGUGGCCUGCGAAACGAAGCAACCAAAACAACCAAGAAAUGUGAUUCAAAGUGUGCAAUGUAACCAAAUUAUAAUUAAAAAGCUAAAUAAAACGAUAGCCAAAGCAGCAGAAAAGCCGCGGAAAAUCAGCGGGAAAACCAAAGUCAGACCAAAUGGAAAACAAGGAACCCGGCAGCCAAUCGAACAGCCAACUAGCAGCCAUCGUGGCCAAUGAUUAAGGGAACACUUUGUUAGCCAACUCGUAGUAGCAGCAUCCCCCGUCCACACAUAACACCCAGUAACACAGCCACUCAGCCGCACAGAACCACUCGACCUCCCCUCGCAUCUCGAUGCCCGCAAAGAAGGCGUUGGAGCAACAAUUAUAGAAUAGACAGCCAGGCAACCAGACAACCAGACAACCACAUCAGCUCAGCUCGGCUCAGUUCAGCUCAGCCCCAACAGCAAACUCCAAACUCCAAUCACCAACUCCAACUCAAUCUCAAUCCCGAGCCAAAAGCCCCAACAUGGACAUCAAGAUUGAGCAGCAGCAGCAGCAACAGCAAGUGGAGCUGGGACCCUGUUCCCCCUCGGAGGUGCCCAAUGAUCCCGGAAAAAUGUUCAUUGGCGGCCUCAGUUGGCAGACAAGUCCAGAGAGCUUACGCGAUUACUUCGGACGUUAUGGUGAUAUCUCAGAGGCUAUGGUCAUGAAGGAUCCCACGACGCGCAGAUCCAGAGGCUUCGGCUUUGUCACAUUCAGCGAUCCAAAUAGCGUAGAUAAGGUACUCACCCAAGGCACACACGAGCUGGAUGGCAAAAAGGUCGAUCCGAAAGUAGCUUUUCCGCGCCGUGCACAUCCCAAGAUGGUGACGAGAACGAAGAAAAUCUUUGUGGGCGGCCUCUCGGCGCCCACCACACUGGAGGAUGUCAAAAGUUACUUCGAACAGUUUGGUCCGAUCGAGGAUGCAAUGUUGAUGUUCGAUAAGCAGACCAAUCGGCACAGAGGUUUUGGCUUCGUUACAUUUCAAAGCGAAGAUGUGGUAGACAAAGUUUGCGAAAUUCAUUUCCACGAGAUAAACAACAAAAUGGUCGAGUGCAAGAAGGCGCAGCCGAAGGAGGUGAUGCUGCCGGCCAAUCUGGCCAAGACGCGGGCUGCCGGGCGUUCCGCAUACGAUAACAUCAUGUGGGGACUGGGGACAUUGCCCGAAGGUUUUCCGGCAGCUGCCUACGCUGCCUAUGCCGCUGGUCGCGGAUACUCGGGCUAUCCCAGUUUUGGACUGCCCUAUCCAACUGGCUUGACAAUUUGCGGAAUCGGUAGAAGUUAUGGUACCGCUUGUAGCGCUACCCCGGGCCGCAGCAGAGGUGGCCCCGCUGGCGCCGCCUCUGGUGUUGCGGCGACAGGUGUCGCCCCCUCCGGUGGCGCCCCAAGCCACGCCCAGUCGGCGUACCACCAACAGGCGUUGACCCUGCCGCUGGCCACGGCGCUCACGGCUCGAUCCGCGGCCAUCAAAUCGCAGUUUCUGGGCAACAUAAAUUUCUAAGCGAGAACUAACCCGAAUCGAAUCGAAUCGCACAAGUCUGAGAUUGAGAAUGAGAAUGCAAAUGAGAAUUUGAGAUCCAGAGUUCCGUUUUCAUUGCCGCCCUUUUUCUGUGUCAAGUAACUAUAUCUUUCGAGCGGUGACAAGUAGGUACAGCCAUUAAACUCCAAUGCCAACAGCUGCUGGAAGAGAUAUGCUAUCCAGAGCGUUAGAUUAGCUUGUAUCUACGGUAAAUGGUAACCACUGCAACAACCAAAGUAAAAUCCACUAUUAAAGCCACGAAAGUACUCCAGAGUGGAGCAAACUUGCAAAGAACUCACGAGAGAUUUGAAAAGAACUACAUAGAAAAUGUAACUUCGACACAAAAACACACACACUUAGAGCUGCAGUCUAUAUAGCUGAUGAACACACAUACAAACACGAAACUUACAUACUAGACUCUUCCGAAAAGUAUUCCCCAUAUACUUGUAUUAUUGGAGCAGUUAACCAAUUACCGCAGCAGUAUCUGUAGUGUCUAGAGGCAUCCCCAACUUAUAAAACCUACAAUUACGUAUACUCGCAUAUAGAGCAGUUAGCACCCCUACUAAUCCUAGUGCAGUUCCGUAAUCGGAUGUAAUCGAGUACUUAGAUUCGUUUAGAUCUAGGCCAGCAUAAUCACUCAAUUACUCACAGACAUGCGUACACUAUAAUAUAUGUCUCUAGAACCCUAAUUAGCUGUGUGACACAAUUAUUGUAUAACGAAACUCUAUAGCGAACUAUACUCGAUCUUCAUACGCUCCCCGCCCACUCAAAUCCAUAUAUCUCCUGAUUUUUUACACCCCGACCUGUGACCGUUUUUAUCCCGUUUCAGGGACGCUAUCUAUUAUUUAUAAAACUAUUUUACCGUAGCAUUUAAAUGCAAAUUUCAUUUUUAGUCCCUGUAUGCAUAAAUUAGUUGCUACCCCCACAACAACUGCAAAAGUGCACAUGGAAAAACAUUUAGAUAACAACAAAUUUUACCAGGCCUGUCACAUGUAGUGCCAUUAUUAUCCUUUAAUUAAUUUGCUGCACAUUACGUAUGCAAUUUUUCCUUUCUCCACAGCGCUUUCCAUGUCCAUUUCCAGUUGGUUUUUGUUUUUGCUUCCGUCGUUGUCGGUGGUCCCAUGAGUUUUUAGAUAAUUAGCAAACGUGCAGAGAUUUUUGCCAUAGCUAAAGUUCAUUAAUUAGUAGAUUUGUCCAUUAUCCGUAGCUAUGUUAUUCCGUUUCAUAUGUAUUAGCAAACCGCAUUUGGCCCACAUACGAAUUGAAGCCUUGAAGCAUUCAAAACUAUAUAAAUUCCUUCCUUCAUCGGUGCAUCGCAAGAAUUCCAAAAUGGCAACCAAAAACCAAAAACGAGCGAAAUUUUUCGACAUUUCUAUUUAAAUACAU